CUCUCUCUCAUUUCGCUCCUCUCUCUAUCCUCUACUCCCCUCUCCCCAUCCAGAAUCUUCUCCUCUCUCACCCUCCUCAGAGUUCUAAUCGCGACUCAGCUUUAGGGCUUCUACGAACGAAUUCGACUCCGUGGAUUGAUUUAAUGCAGAGGAGUAUGUUAAAGGAUUCUGGCUAAGUAUUCUUCUAAUCUUACUUUGGAAUUAUAGAAGGAACCAUGGCUCCACUUUGUGAUUUCUGUGGGGAGCAACGGCCCAUGAUCUACUGCCAAUCUGAUGCUGCUUGCUUAUGCUUGUCUUGUGACCGCAACGUCCACUCUGCUAAUGCUCUUUCUAGACGCCACACAAGGACUCUUCUCUGUGAUAGAUGCAAUACACAACCUGCCUCAGUCAGAUGCAUUGUAGAGAACGUUUCGCUUUGCCUGAACUGUGAUCGGAAUGGGCACAAUGGCUCUGUCUCGGCUCCUGCACAUAAAACACAGCCGAUUCACCGUUAUUCGGGCUGUCCAUCUGCAGAGGAACUUUCGAGAAUCUGGUCCUUUGUUCGAGAGAUUCCUCCUGUGGAAGAUCCUAAUUGUGAGCAGGGAUUCGGGCUUAUGAGAAUCGAUGAGAACAGUGUCAGUGAUAUGUCAGGCUCUGCUGAGAACUAUAGUGGGUCAGAUGUAGCCAGCACGAACAAGAUUGGUGAUCUGAUUAAUGUAGACAAGAUUAAUCCUUGGAUUGCUUCAUCUUCAAGAGUUGCAGUAAGCUGUACUGGGGCAAAGGAUCUUGAGUUUUGCAAAGACAACAUGUACGAAGAUUUCAUUAUGGAUGGUGUCGACUUGACAUUCGAGAAUUAUGAAGAACUCCUUGGUGUAUCUCACACUCAAACAGAGCAAAUUUUUGAUGAUGCUGGAAUUGAUAGUUUCUUCGAAACAAAGGAAAUGUCUGCAGCUAAUUCCAAUUAUCACUGUGAAAUUGCUGCAGAGGUUUGUGAUAUGGCUUAUAUUCCUGGUAAGCCUACACAUGCAGCAUGUAUCAAGGCAGUAUCUCCUGAUUCCGUGAUGUCAAGUCCUGUUGGAAAGGUCGAUUCCAGCUUGUGCAUUCCAGUGCGGCAGGCUCGAUCAAGCCUGUCCCUUUCCUUUUCAAAUUUGACCGGUGAGAGCAGUGCUGGAGACUACCAGGACUGUGGGAUGUCAUCGAUGCUUUUUAUGGGGGAGCCAUCCUGGUACCCUACUGGUCCAGAGAGCUCUUCAUUGCCUGGAACCAGCAGGGACACCGCUAUUACGCGUUACAAGGAAAAGAAAAAGACAAGGAAGUUUGAGAAGAAGAUUAGGUAUGCGUCCCGCAAGGCUCGGGCGGAUGUGAGAAAGCGGGUGAAGGGUCGGUUUGUCAAGGCAGGCGAAGCGUAUGAUUACGAUCCACUCUGCGAAACAAGAAGCUAUUGAGACAUCUGCCUUCUAUUAUCCACUAGGUUAAGGUUAACCUCUAUGAAAUUAUUAUGUUUGGGUGACUUAAACUCGUAUAUUAUCUCAUAUUUUAUCUCUCCAGAGUUGCAAUUAAGAUGCAUCCUUGAAGUGGAAAAGAAAAAGGAAAAAAAAAAAAAGUUUACGAGGAGUCACCAACUUUUUUGGAUGCUGUUCGUCUUUUUUCUCCUGUACAGCAGACGGAACAGACAUCUGGUUUUUUGGGGGAAAAAGAAUAUGCAUAUCACUCUUCGCGGUAGUUGCAUAACUUCUUGUACCACUUUGCCGACGCUUCCACCAUUUCUUUUUCUUUUGUUUGCUUCCUAAUGCUGCCCUCAUAAAGUACCGGUUGCCGAGUUGUGACCGUUACGCACUGCUAUUUCCAGGUUAGUUUUUCAUGCAAGUUGUUUAUAGUUAUGGAUUAUUCACCAUGUAAAAUGUAAAAAAAAAAAAAAAAAGGAAAAAAAGAAGAAGAAGAAGACCCAUUUGCUGUAACUUAGAGACUACUACUCUUUUAUUUACAUGUCAAACAAUAAAUACUUGUGUAACUUGGGAACUAGAGAGUUGUAAAUUAUUCUGUAUUCCAAGUGUUGUAGAAAAAAAAUUGCAAUUGGAUCUCCACCUUUUUUUAAAAAAAAAUCCCUGUUAAAGCUA